GAAGACUAUAUGUAACGGUCAUGUAAUUAGAUGACGAAGGCUGACAAAUAUAAAAUCUAAAGCUAAAAAUUCCAGACUUUCACAAUUCUUCUUCUUCAAAUUAAUGAAUUCCAACAGGGCACGAUCGUAUUUUCUUUUUCGAAACUCUUCGGGACAAUAUUCUUUAAACGCAGCACGAUGCAUGGAUGAGCAAGUUCUUUCUUGAAAGUAACAUUUAAUAUUUUUGUAUCUACUUCAUGUCAUAAAAAGUCAUCAGCUGAGUAAGAAACUGCUGGCUAUUAGGAAGGGGAAAAAAAUUCCGAGUUACCUAUUAACAUCCUGUUACAAAACUCUCAGUUACGUCAUAUUGGCGACAAGCAUGAGGCGGACGCUGUCAUUGCGACCGAUUGUGUUGUUUUUAUUCGGGGCUAAUCGCGGGUCUCGUUUGCCUCCGACUGGUCGCGCACGAAGCGUCUUUGCACACCUUCUCGGCGGACAGACGACUCGUGAGAACUCCAGCAUGGAUCUGAGUGACAUGAGGAAGAAGUACAAAGGAGACGAGGAGUGUUUCGAGGAGGACCAGCUGACCUCGCUGGACCCAAUCGAGCAGUUCGGAGGCUGGUUCGACGAAGCCGCCAAGUGCCCCGAGGUCGGCGAGGCCAACGCCAUGUGCAUCGCCACGGCAACCAAAGAUGGACGGCCGUCGGCCCGCAUGGUCCUGCUGAAAGGUUACAGCGACUACGGCUUCCGAUUCUUCACCAACUACGAGAGCCGCAAGGGAACGGAGCUGGAGAGCAACCCUCACGCUUGCCUCGUCUUCUACUGGGAACCUUUGAACAGACAGAUCCGCAUCGAGGGCGAAGUGGAGCGCAUCCCCUACCAGAGCUCCCGUGAUUACUUCCACUCGCGGCCGAAAAGCAGCCAGAUCGGGGCGGUGGUGAGCAGGCAGAGCACGCCGGUCCCCGACAGAGGCUUCCUGAGGGAGAAGAAUGCGGAGCUGGAGGAGAAGUACAAGGACACGCAAGUGCCCAUGCCGGACUACUGGGGGGGCUACGUGGUGAAGCCCCAUCUGAUCGAGUUCUGGCAGGGUCAGACCAACAGGCUCCACGACCGCAUCGUCUUCACCAAAAUGGCCGCCGACGCCCAGCUGGGAGAGUACCAGCGGCGCGGCGAGGGGGGCUGGGUUUACCAGCGGCUCUCCCCGUGAACGCGGGACGACCCCCCCGGGUUCUCGCCACCCGCCACAGAACUUCAAAAACAUCGCGGCGUCACUUGUUUUUAAUUUUUCCAUCUAACAAACCUCGGCAGAGAUGAAGACGGAGCCCUGCGGCAAAUAGCGAAAAUUAAAAAAAAAAAAUCAAUUUUGGAUGAUCCCACCAAUGUUUUGAAUUGACUAUCAAUAAUUUAAACCAGUACUACCUCAAAAAAAAAAAAUACUUGGCUCUUAAAGUACCUGAACUGCGACAUUAUACACAGUUUGAAUAUUAACAACGCACUUAAUGAUUAAAAAAAAUCUAUUGCUCAAAAAUCAUUUAAAAAAAAUUCAAUAAAUGUUCUAAAAUGAACUGCUUCAAAAUAUUAAUUGCAGAUUUAUUGUUAAAUAGAACUGAACUGUACUUAAAUAUUGAGUAAUGCGUUUAACAACAACAAAAAAAGAUCAAGUCGCUGUAGAUUAUGCUGUUUUCGAUCAUUUAAUUCGGUGAUUCUUUGGUGUACCACUAGAUGGAGCCUGUGUACCGCUCAUUUCAAAUUAAUCUGACAAAAAUACCUUUCAAAAUUAAAGUUUGAACCGUAGAAUCAUGCAAAAAGUAUUGAUAUGGAAUUGUGAUGGAAAAAAACCCCAUAGUAAUUAUUUAAAACUCAUUGUAUAACGCGCUGCUAAAAAGCUGUAGCUAGCUCCGUUUGUCUGAAAAGGAAACAUUUGAAGCACAUGUGUUCUUGCAAAUGUGACGAAGACUCUAUAACUUCUGCUAACAACCCAGGCUAAUCUUAGCCCCUCCCUGACAUCUGAGUCGAGAUGGAUCACGUGAGCGUACUUCCUUGACACCAAUUACUGCUUUCCUAUUGAGACAGAGCGUUGGUGUUUUGGAAAAAGCACCAAAAUUGGAUUUUUUCUUCUUCGGUGAAUAACUGGAGAUAACCGUGACAGGAAAAAAAAAUAUGAAAUUGUGAACUGCGAAUGUACAAACAAUACAUGAUCAGUGCAUGCAAUUAAAAGUCCAUUGUGUUUCUU